UCCUUCUGGCGUUUUCUGCGCUCCCUCUCCUGAAAUCACUUCUUCCAUCGGGAGUCUCUCAUAAGCUGCAAUCCGAAGGAACACUUCCCCAGUUGUCAAUUCCCUACGAGAUAUGCUCCCAGAUCGCAAGAGCUACAACGUUCGUGGCAGCACGGCAUUAGCCAGUCGUCAUCGCUCUAAAUGGCCCACGUCACUGCUCUUCGGUUAUGUGUUUGCUCUCGGAGUUUUGGGACUUCUCUUUCGGGCAACUUGGAGACGAAAACUAUUGCGGCAUGUCAAUGUUCUCCUCAUCUUGAACUUCAUGCUUAUUCUGAUCUCGGAUAAUCUUCCUCGCGCCCUUCUACAUACAGUAUUUCUUCUCGGACAGAGCUUCCUAGGGUGGUUCUUAUGUCAGCACUUGGAUUCUGUGUUCUGAUGACGGCAUUCACGCCCCAGGAAUGGGCUCCUCCUUCUGUUUCGCUGGAUCUUAUCCAUCGUCAUCGAGACGACGGCCGAGUCCAGAAGAAACUUGUAGCUAUUUCUCUUACUACGUGUCAUAUGGAUGGGUUACGAAAGUGAUAUUAAAGGGAUUUCGAGGGAAAUUGACGCUUGGUGAUUUGCCGUCUCUGCCAUUCUACGAUGGGCCGCUACUAUGGCUGCCUCGUAUUCAAGAUGCGCGUGCCAGAG